AUGUCUGAAGAUGGCGACCAUGGCAGUUUCUUACUAUGGGAUAACCAGCCAUGGACAGUUGCUUUAUCCAACUCUGAUAAUAACAAUUCUCCAGCUGGUACUGGGAGUGGAGAAAAAUCUGCAGGCAAAAGCAACGACCAACAAAAACAACAACCUUUGCAAGACUCGACCAAUACGAAGAACAAUAAGAGAGGGGCUGAAUCGGAUCAUGAGAUGCAUAUAUGGACCGAAAGAGAGAGGAGGAAGAAGAUGAGGAACAUGUUCUCUGGCCUUCAUGACUUGCUUCCUCAGCUACCUCCUAAGGCUGACAAAUCCACCAUAGUUGAUGAAGCUGUGACCUACAUCAAAACCCUAGAGAAAACUCUCCAAAAGCUACAAAAACAAAAGCUAGAGAGACUCCAAGGUUGCAUUGAUCUUGGUCGUCAUCAUGAGCAGUCUCCGACGGCGACCACCGCCGCCCGAAACCAUCAAGAAGCUCUUGAUUCGAGCAGCAGGGAAGCAUUCAUGGCGGAUCAAGUAUCUUGCACUAAUGCAACCAAUAAGGUUCCGAAUUCUCCUUUUCAGUUUCAAACAUGGAGUUCUCCAAACGUUGUGUUGAACAUAUCCGGUAAAGAAGCACAAAUAAGCGUGUGUUCACAGAAGAAGCCCGAGCUCUUCACCACCGUUUGCUACAUUUUGGAAAAGCACAAAGUAGAGGUGGUGUCUGCUCAUGUUUCAUCGGAUUCUGAUCGGUGCAUGUUCAUGAUUCAAGCUCAAAUUGGUUCUUCUAAUCAUCUGCAGACAGAGGCAUUUCAAGUCGGCGAAAUAUUCAAACAAGCUGCAGCUGAGAUCAUGCGCUGGGUUACUUCAUCAUAAAGC